AUGUCGGCAUUGAUUUACGGCGCUACCGGCCUUUGCGGAAACGAGAUUCUCAAGCUUUCUAUUGCCCUGUCUAAGCUUACCAGCUUGACGACGGUGACUCGCCGUGAGUUUGAUGUCACUUCAGACAAGCUCACUAAGAUUGUGGAGAAGGACUCCUCAAAGUAUCCAGAAAUCACCUCCAACGCCAAUGCCUCGGUUUUGUUCUCGGCAUUGGCCACUACAAGAGCGGCAGCUGGCUCUGCUCAGAAGUUUGUGGAAAUUGACCAUGAUAUUAACUUGGAGGUUGCCAAAGCUGCAAAAGAAGCUGGCGUGAAGACCUUUGUGCUCAUUUCUUCAGUAGGUGCCAGUGCUCUGUCUCCAUUCUUGUACAUGAAGACCAAGGGUCGCUUGGAAGAUGAUGUGAUUGCUCUUAAGUUCCCAAACACCAUCAUCUUGCGUCCUGGUCCAUUGUUGGGAGACCGUGGCAAGUCUAAGGGUUUCGUCAAUGACUUGUCCGCUGGUACUUUCAAGUUCUUCCACAACACCUUUGUUGGUAACAACGUCUUCUACCCAAUCUAUGGCAACGAGGUGGCCAAGGCUGCUGUACACUUGGCUGAAGAGUCUCUCGACCAGUCGAGUGAAGAGCCCCAAGUGAGAAUUGUAGGCGGCAAAGAGCUUCUCCAAGUCGCCAAGUCUGUCAAAUAA